AUGAUUGAUGUAUCUACAGACAUGUCUGCCAUAGAAGGCAUAAGGUAUCUAAUACCCAAGCGUCCUUUUACACGCAUUAUCUUCUCAAGGGCAGAAGAUAAUAGAUUAAUGGAACUUUGGAAGAGAUAUCCGAAUAAAUGGAAUGAAAUAUCAGAAAAAAUGGGGAAAAGAUCCCCGACCAUUUGCAAGAAUAGAGUCAGGUACCUAUUAGAUCGUGAUCAUACUACUUGGACAGCGGAUAAUGACAGAUUACUCAUUGAAUUAGUUAGAAAAUUCGAUACCAAUUUCCGAAUUAUUCAAAAAUUUUUCCCUAAUCAUACAGAAAACUUCCUUAAGAACAGAUGGGAGCAGAAUAUUAAAUACAAAGUAGUUGAUAACUAUGUGAAAGAAUUACUUACAAUUUCAGCAAAUCUCAUGAGUGAUUCAGAUUCAGUUUAUGAUACACUUGGAUUUGAUGAAAGUGAUGAAUCAGAAUUCUAUAGCGACUUUGAUUAUUAUUCAGAUUUCUCGGAUUAUUACUCAGAAGCUAAUGCAUCUGAGCCAGAAAAUGAGAAACUCCUAGGUAGGAGUGGAGUCUCCUUACGAAUUUAA